UUUGUAAAAGUAGUUUGUGGUGGUCAAUGGAGGCGUGCUUUGAGAAAUAAUUGGGUACAACAUGCAAGUAAACAAAUUGCUGUUGAUAAACAGUACAAAGGCAUCAUUGAUUGCGUAGUGCGUAUCCCAAAAGAGCAAGGAAUGCUGUCCUUCUGGCGUGGAAAUUUUGCAAAUGUCAUCAGAUAUUUCCCCACUCAGGCCCUCAACUUUGCCUUCAAGGAUAAGUAUAAGCAGGUGUUCCUAGGUGGAGUAGACAAGCACACUCAGUUCUGGAGGUAUUUUGCUGGUAAUCUGGCCUCCGGUGGUGCAGCUGGUGCCACUUCUCUCUGCUUUGUCUACCCAUUGGAUUUUGCAAGAACCCGUUUAGCUGCUGAUGUUGGAAAAGCUGGUGCCGACAGAGAAUUUGCUGGCCUUGGAGACUGUCUAGUCAAAAUCACCAAGUCUGAUGGUCUGCGUGGCUUAUAUCAAGGGUUCAAUGUCUCAGUACAGGGUAUCAUCAUCUAUAGAGCGGCUUACUUUGGGAUCUAUGAUACAGCAAAAGGAAUGCUCCCGGAUCCCAGGAACACUCACAUUGUGAUAAGCUGGAUGAUUGCACAAACGGUGACUGCCGUGGCUGGUGUUGUCUCCUAUCCUUUCGAUACGGUGCGACGUCGAAUGAUGAUGCAGUCGGGGCGUAAAGGAGCUGACAUCAUGUACAAAGGAACAAUUGAUUGUUGGAAGAAGAUUGCACGGGACGAGGGUGGAAAAGCUUUCUUCAAGGGCGCAUGGUCUAACGUUCUCCGAGGCAUGGGGGGUGCCUUUGUGCUCGUGCUGUAUGAUGAAUUCAAGAAAUUUGUUUAAAAGACCCUAACUAGACUUGGAAACAAAAUUUAGCAGAUCAUGUAGAAAGUUGUACCAUUAUGGACCAUUGACCUCCAAGAAAUUCCUGUGUUGAGUCUUAUUUAUCGGGGCCAGGUCAUGUUUGUAGAUGGGGCUAGAAAUUUUCCAGGAACUGAUCCACUUCAAGAUUUGUCUCAGUAAAGGCGCUGAAACUGACAGUUCAGCCUAGCAAAUUUUUCCAUGUUGGUGAUUGGAUCAGUAGCACUAGUUCUGGGCCCAAAAUGGUUGAUUGACCAAGCAAUUUAGGCAACAGUUGUUGUUUCUAAAUUUUUGUUUUUGGAUUGGUCUCUAGUUUCAAGUCCCAUCUUAUGACCAUAAAACUGUAUUUGAGAAGUACUUGUUAACAAAUCAUGUCUCUUUCCACUUGUACUCGAGCACUAUGUACCAUUUUGCACAGCUGAACAUCUAGGAAUUAUGUUUUUAAAUUGGGGCAUUUUGCUGUGAAACAAUAAACAAUACUUACUC